AGUAGCCAGCGGCUCACUCGACGUCGCCAUACGCGAUCUCGGCCACGCCUACACCCACGGCUAGGCGUAUGUACGUCGGCUCCAACUUCCCCCUCAAGAUCUACGGUGUGCUCACCGGGGUCGUCGACCAUGAUGACGAGUACAUGCGGGAAACGACUCUGACAGUGUUCUCGAUAGAGAUGGACAGACAGUCUGUGUCGAGUGUCGCGACGACGGAGUCGGGAUAUGACAAGGUCCCAAUCGCUCUUGUGGUGCUGUGGUUUUGAAUUAGAGGGCAUGAGGGCCGGGGAUUCAAGAAAUCUCGCCCCUGCGCAUUGGUAAGUAUGUGAGUGUGUGACUUGAUCCUCAUGGUAGAUAUCUAGACCUUGUCU